UCGGUCCCAUAUUGAACUCGAGUUGGAAGAGGCGAGUCCGGUCUCAAAAUGGAGGUAAAACCGCCGCCCGGUCGCCCCCAGCCUGACUCCGGCCGUCGCCGCCGCCGCCGGGGGGAGGAGGGCCAUGAUCCAAAGGAACCAGAACAGUUGAGGAAACUGUUUAUUGGUGGUCUGAGCUUUGAAACCACAGAUGAUAGCUUAAGAGAACAUUUUGAGAAAUGGGGUACACUUACAGACUGUGUGGUAAUGAGAGAUCCCCAAACAAAACGUUCCAGAGGCUUUGGUUUUGUGACCUACUCUUGUGUUGAAGAGGUGGAUGCUGCAAUGUGUGCUCGACCACACAAAGUUGAUGGGCGUGUGGUGGAACCAAAGAGAGCCGUUUCUAGAGAGGAUUCUGUAAAACCUGGUGCCCAUUUAACAGUGAAGAAAAUCUUUGUUGGUGGUAUUAAAGAGGAUACAGAAGAGUAUAACCUGAGAGACUACUUUGAAAAGUAUGGCAAGAUUGAAACCAUAGAAGUUAUGGAAGACAGGCAGAGUGGGAAAAAGAGAGGAUUUGCUUUUGUGACUUUUGAUGACCACGACACAGUUGAUAAAAUUGUUGUUCAGAAAUACCACACUAUUAAUGGGCAUAAUUGUGAAGUGAAAAAGGCCCUUUCUAAACAAGAGAUGCAGUCUGCUGGAUCACAGAGAGGCCGUGGAGGUGGAUCUGGCAAUUUUAUGGGUCGUGGAGGGAACUUUGGAGGUGGUGGAGGUAAUUUUGGUCGUGGUGGAAACUUUGGUGGAAGAGGAGGCUAUGGUGGUGGAGGUGGUGGCAGCAGAGGUAGUUAUGGAGGUGGUGAUGGUGGAUAUAAUGGAUUUGGAGGUGAUGGUGGCAACUAUGGUGGUGGUCCUGGUUACAGCAGUAGAGGAGGCUAUGGUGGUGGUGGACCAGGCUAUGGAAACCAAGGUGGUGGAUAUGGUGGUGGUGGAGGAGGAGGAUAUGACGGUUACAAUGAAGGAGGAAAUUUUGGUGGAGGUAACUAUGGUGGUGGGAACUAUAAUGACUUUGGAAAUUAUAGUGGACAACAGCAAUCAAAUUAUGGACCCAUGAAAGGGGGCAGUUUUGGUGGAAGAAGCUCAGGCAGUGAAUGA